AUGGAUAAGGUCCCAUCCAUCGCUUAUUCGUGCGAAGAAGUAUCGGAAUGGCUUAAACUCAAUGGAUUUGAAACGUUUAGUGAUAAAUUUAUCGAAGAGGAUGUUGACGGUGAAGCGCUCGCUCUUUUAUCUGAGAAUGCACUCGAGUCUCUUGUCGACAAAGUUGGGCCAAGAAUGAAGCUUUUAGGCGUUAUUAAGAAGAUGGUUAGGAGUGAUUCUGAGUCUGUUGAAAGCGGCAACAGUGGUAGCUUGUCACGUUUGCCUUGGGAUUUAGAAUGCCCAAAUAACUCUAAAGAUCAAGAUUCGCCUCGUUGUUCUUCGCCAAUACCAAGGAAUGAUUGCUCCACUCUGUACAAGAAGGCCUUGUCAAAGAAUAUAGCCUUACCAAAGUUGAUUCGUGUGAAAUUUAUCCAGGCGAUUUAUGACAAGAUAUGCCUUUUUACAAUUUCACCAACACCUGACCAACGCCGUGAUGUAUGUAGGGCAAUUAUAUCAAAAUAUCCUUCCUUGGCAGAUGUUGGUGGCAGCUAUGAAACCUGGUAUCGUCAGUUAGGCGAUAAAGUUAAAAAUGAAUUAAGGCAUGAAAGGAGUGAUCCAGUUGUGCUAGCAAGAAAAAGAAAGUCAAUUGAAGGCUCGGAUUUGACAGCUAAGGUGCCAGGAAGCAGCCGAAGGGGAAUAAUAAAUUGGGAACCUCCUGCUGUUGAUGGUGAGGACCUACAUUCUAACAAAGCCCAUGUUCAAUGGAUGCAGAAGGAGUACCGAAAAAAGCACCCAAACAUGGAAGUCGUUAAGCAGAAAAUGCAACUGACUUUCUCCUUCAGAAGAAAGUACAUAAAUGCUGGGAAGUGUUCCCUUAAUGAAAUUGAUGCGAAAUACCCUUUUUUAUUUGAACAUGAUCAGUUACAAGAUGAGUAUGAAAGAUUGGUGUCUGGCAGUAGUGUUAAAGAUUUGGUUGUUACAAACUUACGUGAGCUUGCACCUAAGAUUUUGAAAGCUGCCAGCAAGAAGAAACUCCCUCAACUUGAAGAACUGGUUCAAGCUUGCGUACAAAAUGAGGAUGAACUGGAUGAGGAGAACAGAUUGACAGAUGAUGAGAAAGUUGUUGUGGCACUUUGUACCUUGCCACACCUUUUGGAAAGGAAAACAAAAAGUAAUCCACAUCCAGAAAAUUUCCUUUAUCAGACAGCAGAAAACCCAGAGGUAUUGUUGAAGAAAGCUGCCAGCCCCAUCAGCCCAUUCAUCAUCUUCGUGGAGGACAGUGAUGGUCACAUAAUGAACAAAAUGUUUGUUGCAGGGGAAAAACAAGUUUGUUUGGAAACAGAUAACAUUUUUUCAGCAGUAUCGUCCCUUUUGUUUUUGUAUUAUGUUUGUAAUUUAGAGUACCCGAAACAGUUUUUAACACGUUCCUUUUUUUACAACGUACUGUUCUAA